CUUCGUGGCGUCGCGGUGACGCAAUCGGCCUUAAAAUGCGGCCUUUAAGGCUGCAGACCCUGGAUUGGGAUACAGCCUUUAUCUUCUUCCUGUUUGUCUGAGUCUUCCUCCAUACUGAUGUUCCUCCCACUGCACGGAAGCUCGUUUCUGCCUCAACAUCAAAUUUUGAGAGAAGCCAAAAUGUUAAAUGUUUAGUGUGUAAAAUCUCGCCUCGAGCUGUCAGUAGAUUGCAGACAGCAAAUUUGAGAUAAUCACCGGAAAUUCGACUUAACAGCCGAAUAUUGUCCGACAUGUCAGCUUCUGAAACUUGUAAGAUCAUCACCUAAAGGCUGCGUGUAGGGCAGAAACAGUUUUUAUCUUUCAUUGGCAGAAACGAGCUUCAGGCAGACUUCAGGUUAACGGGCUUUCACACGUGUGCGGCUGAUAUGUUCCCUAAUAUUUCAGGGGCACCACCCUUAAACAAAGCUCUGUUUUAGCCACAGUUGACUUCGGGUGAUCGCUCUUCAGCACAGCAGGCAGAUGUUUCCUGUAGUGAGAGCACAUCUGUGAGAAAGAACACCGGUGUUCACCUCACCUGCGCACAAAGAAAUGCAGACGACGAACAUCUUAACCAAGAUAAUCUGAGCAAAUAUUUGAUUGCAUUUAAUUUACAAAGCAAUAAUUCACAACAAAGCGCGUGGGCCUGUGUCCGGCUCACUUUAAUGUGAUUUAAACAUUUAAAACUGAAACAUUCAUGUUUCCCGUGGCUGUAAUAAACCAGCCGCAGUCACCGGUUUGCCUUCUUUCCAUUUAUCUGAAGUCGUUCUUAUCAUUUAUUGACUUUCAUGGUUUGGUUGUUGAUUUUAUUUACUUCUAAAAAAACUGGGAACAUUUUCCAAAACAAUCCAAAUGGUUUGACAAAGAGAAACGUUAAAGGUAAAAGCGAGUGUGUGAGGAUGUCAGACGUGUUUCUCAUGCCUGUGAUGCGUGAAACUGUCCUGCAGCUCAUCAGGUGCGACCGCCUCACACAGCGUGCUAACGACACUGUGUGCCUCCCUCAGGCGUCGUGCUGUGGCUGAUGGUGGUCGCGUGUGUGAUCGUUGUCGUCGUCUACCUGCAGCAGUCCAACAUCUCGUCUGAAGGUGGUUGGCAUAAAUUACCCAAGCUCAUCAAUUUCUUCCCUCGCGAAGCCAAAAUAUCCAGCAAGCGUUCAGCUGGUGUAUGUGGUACUCCAAGAGAGUGUCCUGCACAUGAGAUCAGUUUCUACAUCCACAGCGGAGCCGCCAACGUCGUCCCCGCGGCCAUCUGCGUCCAAAACAAACUGGUUCUGGGAACUGCGCUGAACAACGCUGGAGGAGGAAUAAACAUCGUUAUCCUAAACGGUAAAACGGGAGAAGUCCUGAAGACGGAUCACUAUGACACGUACAGCGGAGAUGUGAAACCGUUCAUCGAGCUACUGAAGAGCAUCGAGACGGGCUCCAUCGUUAUAAUGGCGUCCUACGACGAACCCUCAAGAAAGUUAAACGACGAGCUCAAGAAUCUGAUUGCUGAACUGGGAAGCUCCCACAUCCACUCGCUGGGAUACAGGGACAACUGGGUGUUUAUUGGUGGCAAAGGAGUAACGGGGAAGAGCACCUUUGAGAAGCACAUGAAGAGCGACUCGGCAACCAACAAAUACGACGGCUGGCCCGAGAUGAUCGGGCUGGAGGGCUGCGUCCCCAAAUACCUGUAGUGACGGGCGAGGCUGCGGACACACGGCCGGUGAUUUGGAGACUGAUCUGGGACCAGCAAGUCGUGCAAACCAAAUCCAGGUGAACCCACCUGCUCUGUGUCUUGUCUGCGUGAGGCUUUCAGGGAAGCUGGACUCUGUCUCCGUCUGCUGUCUGAAGCCAGGUGAGCUGUGCAGUAAGACCUCCUGAAGGUUUCUGACAUCCAGCCUCUCCUGAAGCGCUGCAGGCACCAUCACCGGAACCAGAGUCUCCAGGUUUUAUCUUCGAGUCCUCCCAGAGCAGCUCGGCCGCACCUUCCAGUUUGUUUCUUUGUUAUUGUUUUAAGUGUUGCUUUGAUUUCUUAAGAAUGACAGACUCUGACAGAGACGAUGACAUCAAACAGCCAGGAUCACACACAGCUCUGGGGAUGUUUCUGGACUUUUUUGAAUGUGCAUAUUUUUUAUUGUGUCCUUUCUUGAGUUUAAGGUUAUUACAAAGUGAAUUAGUUGCCGGGCUGUGUGUCUGCACGUGUGGUUGUUGGUUUGUUUACAUUAAAAAUGAAAGGAAGCCGAAUGAAGAAGAUGCUGAUGCUUUGACUCCGGAGUAAGACAACGAUUUUGAGGCUAGAUGAGGGUUACCUGGUUCUGCCUGAAGCUUCUUCCUGUUUAAAGGGAGUUUUUCCUUCCUUCUGUCACCAAGUGCUUGCUCACAGGGCACUGUCUGAUUGUUGGGUUUCUGUUUUAUUGUAGGAUCUUUACUGCACAAUAAAAGGUGUUUGAGGCCGCUGCUGUGGGAUUGUACUAUAUGAAUAAAGUUGACUUGAACUGAA